AUGUCGAGUGCCUCAUUCCAUCCCGAAACGUCCAUACCAGAUCUCUCUGGACGGGUUUAUUUUGUCACUGGAGGUACAACGGGGCUUGGAGCCGGAGCUAUCUCGUUGCUCGCAGCCAAAAACCCAGCCAAGAUCUUCUUCAGCGGGCGAAAUAAAUCAAAGGCCGACGAAUUGAUCGCCAAAUUGGAGAAGACAUCCACCUCUACUGAACUCGUAUUCGUCGAAUGCGACCUCUCAAGCCUCGCCUCCGUGCAGCAAGCAGCCAAACGAUUUCUUGCACAGUCAACUCGCCUCGAUGUCCUGAUGUGCAACGCUGGUAUCAUGGCCGUACCGCCUGGUCUUAGCAAGGAUGGUUAUGAGAUACAGUUUGCAACCAACCACCUCGGUCAUGCACUCCUCAUGAAGCUUCUUUUGCCCAACUUGCUCGAGACUGCACGUCAGCCUGAUUCAGACGUGCGCAUCGUCAAUCUAUCAUCGACCGCACACUCAAAUACGCCAAGUGGUGGCAUUGAAUUCAGCACGCUAAAGACGGAGCAAGCAUCCCUCGGUCCAGUAUACCAAUUCAGAAAAUUCACACGAUAUGGCCAGAGCAAGCUGGCCAAUCUGUUGUACGCUGCGGAGCUGGCGAAGAGAUAUCCGAGCAUUAAGUCUGUCGCGGUACAUCCAGGAUUCAUCAAAACAGACAUGACGACGGGUACGAGCUUCAUGAACCGCCAGAUCGUGGCCAUGGCCAGACUAGCGAGUUUGGCGUCAGGUGGAAGGAGUCUGUCGUUCGAGGAAGGUCCAUAUAACCAGACUUGGGCAGCGACUACACCGAAGGAGAACCUUACAAAUGGAGCAUACUACGAGCCGAUUGGAAACUUGACAGUUCCACCAACAAGCUAUGGCAAGGACAGUGCUUUGGCGAAGAGAUUAUAUGACUGGACGGAGAAGGAGCUUGCAGCCUUUGAAUGA